UUUUUUUUUAUGUGUAUGUGUUUCUGUCUGUGUCUUCCUUCUAUUCAUUCUUUUUCUCAGGAACACCUUCCUUCACCCUUACUCUCUCUUACUCUUUCUCGACUCCUUCUUGUCUAAACGGCUCAGUAACUCCUUCGUCCCCAUCCACAUCCAUUGACUCAUUCAAAACACACUUUCCACCCUCUUUAUUUUGCAUAUCCCUCAUUUUGGCAUCUUUUUGAAAAAUGGCUUCUACACUCGUCUACACCCCUACAGCUGCUGUCACAACCACAGCUGCCUCCCCUUCCUUCAUCUAUGAUUUUACACCUGAAUCUACUUCUACCACGACUAAUAUACAAUCUAACAUUGUCAAUAAAUCAAAUCGACACUCCGUUCCAAGUUCAAACAUUCUCUGGGAGCAGCAUCAUCAACAACAACAACAGCAACAGCAACAGCAAUUGAUGCAGAAACAGCAACGUUUCCAGGAGAAGCCUUCACAACAGCCAUCUCCCCCUCCUGGCCGUGCAGGAGGUCCUCGCUUGAGCCUUGACACCUCUCAGGAACGCCUUCAAAAAUUCACAGUCAUCAAGCAUGGUGAUCAGACAUGUCUGAAAUUGUUCUCUCCCAACCUAGUCGAGUCCCCUGUUAGCUUCUUGAGUGAGAAACAACUCUUAGAAGACAAGAAGCUUUGGGAGAACGGACCCGACGAGGCCUUCCAGAGAAAGCUCGAGAUGGAGAGACGUGAAGCUUAUCAAGUGCGUUCCAAGCAACAGCUCCGCGGUUUUGUUCUAGGCAUCUGGGUUGGAUGUCUCGUCAGCCUUUUGAUUGUGCAACAAACUGCCGCAAAGGUCUACAUCCCAAGUCAUCUGGCCAGUGUUGAGCAUGCAUAUCCAUUCAGAUAACGGGGGACACCUUAGCGAAUCAGAUGAAUAGGAUCGGCAGCAUGUCAUCGCUUCUCUCAUACCCGAAGGACAGGGGAUGAAGGU